UUCGGUUUUGCGCCUGGUUUUGCGGAACGGAGAAGUAUCGCCCGGUGUUCGCGAUUUUUGUGCUCGAGGACCUGGCGUUUCGUUUUGGGUUUGUUUUUUUGUUUUGUUUUGUUUUUGGGUUUUUUUUUUUUUUUGUUUUAUUUUUUUUUUCCUCGAGGACUUUAGUGACUCUUGGGUAAGGAACAGACCUGUAAAGAUGUUUAUGUGGUGGUCGGCUGUUUUACUUCUUGGAAGCAUUUUGCUGGGAGCAGAUGGAUGGCCAGCCAAGGAAGGAUAUGACUUCAGGCCCUAUCAGCCCGUCGUAAGGUUACGCCACAAGCAGGAAAAGAAUCAGGAGAGCUCAAGAAGUGAAGGAUACACGGGCCAAGAUGGACAUUUUAAGUCAUGUGAAAACAAGUACUGUGGCCUGGGUAGGCACUGUGUCGUGAAUGGGGAGAGCGGGCAGGCUGAGUGUGUCUGCAUGGAACACUGCAAGCCACACUACAAACCCGUGUGUGGCUCGGAUGGAGAGUUCUAUGAAAACCACUGUGAGGUACACAGGGCUGCCUGCCUGAAGAAGCAGAAGGUCACCAUUGUACACAAUGAAGAUUGCUUCUUCAAAGGAGAUAAAUGCAAACCUACUGAAUACAGCAAAGUGAAAAAUAUGUUAUUGGAUCUUCAAAAUCAGAGAUAUGCUGCUCAAUCCAAAGAUAGAAAUGUUGGUGAGAAAAUGGCUUUAAGGAAACUGCUCGUAGAUCAGAUAUUUCAUUAUUUUGAUUCUGACAGCAAUGGACUUGUGGACACAAAUGAAUUGUCUCAGGUAAUAAAACGGGAUGAGCUUGGCAAGGAUCUGUCUGACUGCUCUCUGUUCGAUUUGCUGAAAUAUGAUGAUUAUAAUAGUGACAAGCACCUCGGUCUGGAAGAAUUCUAUAGAGCUUUUCAGGUAGUUCAGCUGAGUUUGCCAGAAGAUCAAAAAAUAAGCACUACUGCAGCAACAGUAGGACAAAGUGCUGUCUUAAGUUGUGCCAUCCAAGGUGUUCUGAGACCUCCCAUCAUCUGGAAGAGGAACAAUGUCAUUCUGAAUAACUUAGAUUUGGAAGAUAUCAGUGAUUUUGGAGAUGAUGGGUCCUUGUACAUUACUAAGGUUACUACAACUCAUAUGGGAAAUUACACCUGUUAUGCUGAUGGCUAUGAUAAACUCUAUCAAACUCAUAUUCUUCAAGUGAAUGUUCCACCAGUCAUCCGAGUGUACCCAGAGAGUCAGGCAAGGGAGCCAGGAGUGACAGCUAGCCUUCGAUGCCACGCUGACGGUAUUCCUAACCCACAACUUGGCUGGCUGAAGAAUGGAAUUGAUAUCACUCCGAAGUUAUCUAAACAGCUAACUCUUCAAGCAAAUGGCAGUGAGGUACACAUUAGUAACGUGCGCUAUGAAGAUACAGGAGCAUAUACUUGCAUUGCAAAGAAUGAAGCAGGAGUGGAUGAAGACAUUUCUUCUCUUUUUGUAGAAGAUUCUGCUCGAAAGACCCGUCUGGGAAUUGGGAACAUGUUUUAUGUUUUUUAUGAAGAUGGAAUCAAAGUCAUACAGCCAGUGGAAUGUGAAUUUCAGAGACAUAUUAAGCCUAGUGAAAAACUCCUCGGUUUUCAGGAUGAAGUUUGUCCCAAAGCUGAUGGAGAUUCUGUUCAGCGAUGUGUUUGGGCAACAGCUGUAAAUGUAAAAGACAAGUUCAUUUAUGUGACUCAACCUACACUUGACAGAGUGCUUAUUGUUGAUGUACAGUCUCAGAAAGUUGUACAGGCAGUAAGUACGGAUCCUGUUCCAGUGAAACUACACUAUGAUAAGUCACAUGAUCAAGUCUGGGUGCAGAGCUGGGGAGACAUGGAGAAGAAUUCACCGACUUUGCAAGUGAUAACACAAGCCAGUGGGAGUGUUUCUCAUCACACAGUCCAUACUCAGCCAGUGGGAAAGCAGUUUGACAGAGUGGAUGACUUUUUCAUUCCUGCUACAACCCUCAUCAUUACUCAUAUAAGGUUUGGAUUUAUUCUUCAUAAAGAUGAGCCCAUGCUCCAGAAGAUUGAUCUUGAAACUAUGUCGUACAUCAAGACAAUUAGUUUAAAGGAUUAUAAUUGCAUUCCUCAGUCCCUGGCUUAUACACAUCUUGGAGGAUUAUUUUUUAUCUGCUGUAAACCUGAUACCACUGGUGCUGUUCUGCCACAGCUUAUAGUGGAUAGUGUUACUGAUUCUGUGAUUGGAUACAAUGGCGAUGUAACAGGCAGACCACACAUCUCUCCAGAUGGACACUACCUUGUCAGUAUUGAUGAUGCAAAGGGUCUCAUGAGGAUCCAGACCAUAACGUUGAGAGGAGAAAUACAAGAUUCAUUUGACAUUCACACAAAUUUGCACAUAUCUGAUGUAGCUUUUCAGCCAUCAUUCACUGAAGCUCAUCAAUACAACAUCUACUGUAGUUCCAGUACACAAACUGACGUUCUCUUUGUGGAGCUCUCCUCUGGAAAGGUUAAGAUGGUGAAGAGUCUUAAGGAGCCUGUCAGGGCAGGCGAAUGGCCUUGGAACAGUAAGAACCGUCUUAUAAAAGACAGUGGCCUUUUUGGUCAGUAUCUCAUGACCCCUUCCAAGGAAUCUCUGUUUAUCCUGGAUGGACGCCUCAAUAAGUUAAAUUGUGAAAUCACUGAAGUUGAGAGAGGCAACACAGUAAUUUGGGUUGGGGAAGCAUAAGAGUCUAUGUUGAAUAUUUGCUGAAUUAAUAGUUUUACAGUAUGUUGCACUUAAAUUACAGCAUUCUUUAAAUUUACACCAAUUUCAUUUGAAAUUGUUCAACCCUUCUAUGCCUGAUAUUUCUUUGACUUGAAUGCAAUUUGAGUCAAUUUCCAUAUAAGUUACUAAAGCAACAGCUAUUUGCUAGUAUGGUAGCCUUAUUAAAUAUCAACCAAGAUUGUAUUGGUUGACUGGAAUUACUACAUAUUGAAAUUGAUGACAAAUACCAUGCAUUACUUUAAAGAAAAUAGGAAAAACCAUAAAGCUUCAGGGAAUUUAACAUGAUACUUUGCAUUUGUAAAUGGAAGAAUUGAAUAUGAUUCAAAUAUUGGUUUGCUUUGCUUCAGACACAAAAUGAGAGAUGUACGACUUUUUGUUCCUUAAACUGAAAUAGGAUGUCCUGUUUUGUCAGUUCACUGUUUAAUAUUUUUGUGCCUUGAAGUGAAAGUGUCACAAGAAAGGUAAAGCAUAGAAAUUGUAUAACUUAUUCCCAUUGUGACUACAGGAUUGCUUGUCAUUGGAGAGAAACAUUUACUAUCAAAUUUUUGUCUCAAGCUUUGGGACAUAGAAAGAGAAAAAAGAAAUUAUAUUUGCAGUGCACAGUUUUCUGAUCAGUGAAAUUCAAGAAGCUUA